UUCUAUUCCAUGUGGGCUGCAGCUCAACUUCCACUGCUGCUUCCUCGUUACUUCCUCUCUCUCUCUCUCUCUCUCUCUGAAAGCUGCUCCCCAUUUUCUAAUUCUCAUCUUUGAAAGAUUCGUCGGCUACUACCUGUUCUUCAUAUGAUCGAAUAAAGAGUAUGGGGUUAUCCACUUAAGCAUUGGCUAAGCAGCCUUUUGUUGUAAUCAUAGUGUUGGAGUUGGGGGGUUCUUCCUAGUGCUGUGGUUUUUUUUGUCUUCUAAGUACUUCUUGUGGAUCUUGAAUUGUGGAAAUCUGAAACCAGAACAGAAGGAAACCAUCUUCAUUUUCUGAUUUCGAGUUGAAUUCUUAUGCACCCGACACACUUUAAUUCCCAUAUUUAUAUUCUCCCUCUCCUUUUCAUGCAGUAGCUAGCAGCCUAGGAGAAAAAUCAUUGGAUCAAGAAAUAUGAUGUUGGAUUUUGCUUAGAGAUCCAAACUAUUUUCUACUUGUAAGAGAUGGUUGCAGACUCGUGGUUUCGCAGUCUCUGGAGGACAAAAAAGAAGCACGAGGAUGGUCCUGAGAAAGCAGUGAUUGGAGUUUUGGCCUUUGAAGUAGCAAGCUUGAUGUCUAAGCUAGUCCAGUUAUGGCAAUUUCUGAGUGAUAAACAAGUGGCUAGGCUCAGAGAGGAAAUUUCAAAUUCAGUGGGUAUAAGAAAGCUUGUGUCAGAUGAUGAUGAUUAUAUUGGAGGUUUAAUAUGCAUCGAGUUGUUCGAGAAUAUGGUCCGUGUGGCAAAAUCUGUGGACAGGCUUGGGAGGAAUUGUACUGAUCCUAGUUUGAAGGGUUUUGAGACUGCUAUUAGUGAUUUGAUCAAUUACGGUGUUGACACUUAUGGAUGGCAAUUAUCAUGGAAAAAGAUGGAGGUGAAGGCCAAGAAGAUGGAGAGGUUCAUUUCAAUAAAUGCAAAUUUGUAUGAAGAGAUGGAAGUUCUUUCAGAGCUUGAACAGACGUUGAGGAGAAUGAAAGGCAGUGGUGACUUAGAUGGUGUUAAUUUGCCGGAGUUUCAAAAGAAGGUAGUGUGGAAGCGGCUGGAGGUGAAGAAUUUGAAAGAGGCCUCUCUGUGGAACAGAACUUAUGACUAUACAGUCCUCCUUUUAGCAAGAUCUCUCUUCACAAUAUUCGGUAGGAUCAAGCUUGUCUUUGGAGUUCAACAGAUGGUAGAUGGUGAAUCCAAAGAUUCUGAUCACAUUAGUCGUAGUCAUUCAGUGUCUGCAAUAAUACAGCCUUCAGUCCAACCAUCUGAGAACGGUCUUCCAAGAUUUGCCUCAGGUCCCCUUGGGAGGGUUGCUGCUACAUCAGGGCCAAUUUCAAAAACACACAAAACCAACAAUUUCUUUUCAGGCCCUCUUGGUGGCUCAAGCACAAAAUCAGGCCCUAUUUCAGCAAAAAAGAAAGACGUCAACUUCUUUUCAGGUCCUCUUGGGAAGUCAACAAAAUCAGGCCCAAUUGCUGCAACUAAUAGAACCAUCAGGAAGUUCUGGAAGUCUCGUGAUCACUCAGUCACUAAUGGUGAGAAGAAACCACCUACAAAGCCCAAUAGGUUGACUCAAGUUGGACCUUUUAAAGGAUGCAUGAUAAGCAAUUCACCUGUCACCAAUUGCUACUUGAAUUCAGAUGGUGUUCGUUCAGCAAUUCUCAAUGUGGCCAGAGAUGCCAAUGGAGACAUUUUGGCUUCUGGCAGCAAACUUCAUCCUAGUCCGUCAAUCUUCAGUUCCAAGUACAAAUUGUUGGAUGCUCCACCUGAAACCCUUGGUGCUGCUGCCUUAGCACUGCACUACGCAAAUGUUGUUAUUGUAAUUGAGAAGUUAGUUGCAUCUCCUCACUUGAUUGGUCUUGACGCGAGAGAUGACCUGUACAAUAUGUUGCCUGCAAGUGUGAGAGCUGCACUAAGGGCAAGGCUAAAGCCAUACAGUAAGAGCCUAACUUCAUCAGUUUAUGAUACAGUUCUUGCAGGAGAGUGGAAUGAGGCAAUGGCGGGGAUAUUAGAAUGGUUGGCACCACUUGCUCAUAACAUGAUAAGAUGGCAAUCCGAGAGGAGCUUUGAACAGCAAACCUUGGUUUCCAGGACACAUGUUCUUCUGGUUCAAACCCUCUACUUUGCAAAUCAACAGAAAACAGAAGCGACAAUUACAGAGCUUCUUGUUGGUUUGAACUACAUCUGGAGGUUUGGCAGAGAAGUCAAUGCAAAAGCUCUGUUAGAUUGUGAUAGCAAUAGAACAUAUGAUGAAUUUUUGGAUAUGGAUGGGUAGUAGAAUUUCAGCUUAUUGCAAUUACCAGAUGCAGAUCUCAAGACCACCCACAUUGAGCCAAUGCUCUUACCUGGCUCGUCGAUGAGGUUGCUGAAUGCUACUGGACAGAUUGAUAACUGCAUGGUCCAGGAGAGACAAUCGGCUAUUUUUAAUAUCCUUGUAUUAGAAGGCAUCCUUGGUAAGUCAAAAAGGUAUAGACAGAGCUUCCAAACAUUCUUUCUUUUGGUGCAUUUCUACCCACUGGAAUAUGGCUCCUCUAUUCUUCUUUUUCUCAUAUAAGCAUGGUAUGCCAUAUUUAAUGAAAGCUGUGUACCUUGUAUAUUUUAUCAGCUAUACUCGUUUCUUUUUCAAUGGUUGUAAAUCUGUGGUAUAAAAGGUUCUCUCCAUAAUAUCAAAACGCCUCAUAUGGUCAAGCGUUUUCUUUUGUAAGUGACUAUUAUAAUGGUGACCUUUACGGCACAUUGUAACUAGGGCAUAUAUAAGUGUUAUGUUGCAUGUUAGAUUUGAUAUUUGAGAUUUUCCCUUUGAUGCCCUAUCAUGCUGUGUUACCAGGCAUUCCCUCAUCUUCCGAAUUGUUUAAUUUGUUUUGUUAGAAUUCUUGGCUGUUUUCAGGAGUUGAUGGAUUUGCUUGUAUAUUGUUCCUCCCUGAACCGACAAAAGCAUUUUUCUAAUGCAUGUUUGGAAGUGAGAGGUUGCACAUAUAAAGUCAGAAUUACACCACUUUGCCUUUUUGUGUUAUAAUGAUCCUGAAUCCGAAUCAAGUCUUAAUUCCUUGGAAUAAUAUGAAUUUUUGUACCCCAGAGACAUCCUAGGGUGUUCAAUCGUGUUGGAUUUGGAUCAUGGUUUUUGUGGCUUCAGAUUUCAGGCUCUACUACAACUUCGUGCUCUGCUCUGCACAGUACAACAACACUCGUAUGCCUGGUUGCUGGGUCACUACUAUAACGAGUUCUUCUGCGGUACCAAGUGCCAAUGCUCGUCAAGGGAAAUAAGUCCCAAUCUGAAGAAAGAUUAUAAUGACUGGGCAGUUCUUGCUUGACUCAGCGGGUUUCGAUUAGCCAGUAUGAGGUGUUACAGUCUCGUCAUAUCUGACCAAAGGACAUCUAGGACCGGUGCAAAAGCGAAAUACCGCUACCACCUCCAAGGAACAUGAAUAGGAAUAAUUGUUUCUUCGACUGUAACUGGGAAAUAAUAAACGUAUUACUAAUUAGAGGAAACAAUUACCCCAUC